UCGAGCAGCGCGAUAUUUCAUUCUACUACCCAAACAAUGAGACAUGUUCGUUGAGUUUUAUGUCAAACAAACUUUUUAAAGGCAAUUGGAUUAUUCUGCAAUUGAAGUAACGGGAAAAAACAAGGAACUGAAUUAUAUCAAGACCUGUAAGCAGGAUAAGGUGGGGGAGAGAGUAAAAUGAGGAAGAAACACAUGAGUUAAGAAGCAGUGAUAACAUACAACAUGGAUUCACCUGAGCCUCAAGAUGAUGAUCUGAAAGAUGAGCUGGAAUUGGAUGAGCUCUGUUCCAGUAUGCCACAGCCUGAGACUGAGGGAGAAGAUCUGGCGGAACAGCUGACAGAGCUCCAGUCCAUGAUGUUGGAACUAAAGGAUGGAUUUGUCCACGCCAUGGAGGAACUCUCCAAGAUACAGAAUGGAGACACCGCUGUACAAGAGCGCUACGAGGCGUCCAAGGUGGAGCAGGAGAAACAGCUGCAGGACAUUAAGGAUAUGGUGAACUCACUGAAGGACCAGUUCCAGUCAGUGUCCAGCCAGGUGAUCACAGCUAAUGAGAACCAGACUCACCUGAGACAUCAGGUAGACAGACUCCAGCAGGAGAGAGAGGUGCUGCUGCAGGAGUUAGAGAGAUCUGGAGCCAUAUCUAACCAACUCAGGCAGAAGUUUGGUAAUGGACUCCAUUCUAGCGAUGCCAAUCAUGUGACCAGCGACCAUGACAGUGGGGUCGCCACAACGUACCGUCCAGACGUGUCUUCUCAUGGAGACGCAACGCCCCCUAUGAUCUCGCCCAUGGUCCGCCCCUUUAUAGCAGGCCUUCAGAAUGCUAACCGUCCUGAAGACAAUUUUGAAGAGAAUUAUGACUCAGAUUCAUCUCUGAUCGAGGCAGCCAAUAAGAGUUUGAAUCUCAGCCGUUCACUGGGUCAGAAGUGCCUGGAUGUUGACCCGUCCAACUCUAGUGAUGGCAGCGAUAAUGAGAAAGAAAAUGUUUCUUCUGCACAGGGUUUUUCAUCACCAAUGAACAGACACAAAAGUUCAUUUUCACCAAAGAAACUUCCACCUCAUGAAUUAUCGAUUAGAGAAACUCAGCGUUCCCGCGUUGCCAGGGAGCUGUUGGAGACGGAGAGGAAGUACUGUAGCAGCCUCUGGACCAUCGUGGACACCUACUGCCAGCCAAUCAAACAGUCCGGCUGUACUGGGGCCAAGGACAUAAGCCUUAUGUUCCCGUCCAGUGUGUCCAGACUGUACAGUCUUCACUGUAACUUGCUGCACAAACUGGAGGAGAAGCUACUCAACUGGAAGUGGCAGUGUGGGAUUGGAGAUGUCUUCUCACGGUUUACAGAGACUAAUUCUGAACUCCUGGGCACAUACAAGAUUUAUGUCCAUGAUUUCCCCACUGCUAUAGGGACCAUCAAUAAGUGGUACAGACAGUCCAGCAGGUUCAGGAAAGUACUCAAGACGUGUCAAAAACAACCAAGCUGUGAGGGUUUGGACUUGACUGCCUUCCUGCUGACCCCCAUUCAGAGGAUUCCCAGAUAUGUGUUGUUACUGAAGCAACUGCGUAAGUACACAGACCCUGAGCACCCAGACUAUUACUACCUGGAGUCCGCCUUGGAUUGUCUGGGGCACUUCUUGGCUCAGCUGAACAACUCCAUAGAGCACUCCAUGCAGCUGGUGGGGCUGGACGGGGGUGGGGCCAAACAACACAGGAAGCAGAGAAAUGCAGCCAGUCUGCGCAGGUCCAGCUCUAGCAGCCAUGAUGGUUUUCCUCUGUCCGGUACAACCAGGGACAGCGGUGUCCACUCUGUAGUAGACACACACGGAGGCAGGAGAUAUCAGUUGUCAGUGUUCAAGAACCCUGGCAGACAAGUAGGUCACCAGUCAGACAGCAGUGACUUUGCGAUGGACCCCCACUCUAUUCCUGUCCCGCGGGACAAGCACAAGUCUUCCCAUCACAUGAAUGGAGGCACUGCGAGCCGAGAUUCUACGUUUUCACACGACGGCCCAAAUUACAUCAAGAAUAAAAACAGGGACAAGCCACGCAAGUCAAAGAGCAAGAAGGGGCACAGGAAUGAGUUAAGUUUUGAAGCCUUGAGCACAAGUAAUGGAACAAGAUUCCACGCUGCAGAGGGGGAAGACUAUGGCAGUAAUGGACGGAAUAGGAGAAAGAAUCUCCGCUCUAAAUCUAUGGCUGAGCAGAUCUCAGAGACGAGUUAUCGUAGCAGACUGGCUGAGGGAGGAGAGGAGGACUAUGGCGAGGCAGGGACAGCAAGAAAGAAGCCCCACAGGUCCAAGUCCAGUACCAGACCUGCCAGUGACUAUCUCAGUAUCUCCAUGAGGGACCUGGUUGGGGAGACGUCUGAGGGGAGUCUGGAUAUGGAGAAAAUGGCCCCCGAUGGUGCCUCAUUUCACCGCAGCUUGCCUCGGUUACCUAAAGACUAUGGAAUAUAUGGAGAAGACGACAGUGUCAUAGACGAGCCUGCAUAUAUGCCCUCCAUGGCCACCAAGGAUGUCCCAACCAGGAAAGCUCAGAAACUGGGGCUUAUUCAGAAGUCCAAGAGUCACGGAGAUUUUCUUCAAGAGGACGCUGCCAGUCCUACUCAGUCUCAUCUGAACAUUGUUCUUGCCAGGAGUCUCACAGAAGCCCAUGUUAACAAUAUAGGAGAGUCUGGUAUUAUUACAGAUGGUGAGGCCAGUCCUUCACCUCUACGCAAACAUUCAAUGCAGGUCAACAGGACCGCCAUGGUCAGCCAGCAGGAGUUCCCGGACAGGGUGCGGGAAAAUGUCUGGAACGAUGACCCUGAGCAAAGUUAUGUUCCUCGAGACCCAUCACUGGUGAAAGAGGAGAAGGGAAGAAGAAGGAAGUUGAAAGAGAAGAGGAAAGAUCGUCAGAAGCAAGUGGUUGAGAACCUGGCGUCUCGUCCUGUCAGUGGAGGGGGGUUGAAGAAGAAGAGGUCUCUGAGGGAUUCUUUGAGGAAUAUUUUCUUUCGAAAGAGGGGUAAUUCUAGCAAGGUAGUGGAAAUCGACCCUCUAGGCCAGACAGUAGACCUUUCUUAUCUAAACCAGUCUGGGAGUUUUGAAGAGCCAGACAACGGAGAAAGUUAUGAAUUCAGUCGGACAUUUGAGGAUGAAAAUGGAGAUCCUUGCAGUGCAGUCUGAUCUCCACACACCUGUGCUAGAGACUCAAAGUUCAAGAGGCCAAAAUGAGCUCAUAAUUACUUCUACUAUGUGUAAGGAGGUAGAAUAUCUUUGUUAUAAAAUAGCAUGUUUAUAUGGGAAUAGGCACUGGGUGCUUCUAUUGUUUAUUAAGUAACAAAAGUUAACAUACAGUUUAUUUAUAUAUGUCAGUUUGUUUUGGAAAGAAUUGUUUUUAUUUCUUUGUCAGGUUUAAUUCUAGAACAUAGGUCAAACGACCACAGUGCUGUACACAGGAUCAGGUAGAUCUUGGAGUAAUGUCAUUUUAUAUGGAACAUCAGGCAACUUUCGUUUUUUGUCAAACUGACUGUUAGUUGUAGUCAGUUCACUAACUAUGAGCAUUUUUUAAAAUCUGUUCAAAAAUGUCAUUGUCUUAGACCCAACAAGUUGGCAGGAUUUUAAUGAAUUGCCUUAAAAACAAACAUUGUAUUUGACAGUUCAAGCAAUGAAUUAAGUGCAAUGGUUGACAAGAAAGAGGGGAACAUGUUCCCUAGUAACUGUUUGAAAAACUUUUAUUACAUCUUCAGAAAAAUAAGUUUGUAAAACUUUGUUCCCUUUUUAUUUGCCUGGGGCCUCAGCAGCUUGAUACUAUUUGGAUGAGGAUGAAUUCCUGAAAACUUGAUAUAUUGAAAUAUCUACAGAUUUUAUUGCAAGAUGUUAGGCUUGUUAAUUUUUUCCAUUUAUUUAUUUUUAUUCUUUUUUAAGCAGAUGGGGCUGAGAGCUAGCACCCAAAUGUUUCACGUCUUUAUUUAUACCAAUGAGAGGGGAAUCUGCAAGUAAAUAUAAAAGAUGAUGUGAAGAGUACGACCCUCCAUAGUGUUGUAUGUGAACUAGGCAAUACUAGGGUGACAUUUCAGAGAAAGCUAAGUCAUACUCACAUGUACCUCAACUAUGGUAUGCUAGCAUUUUUUUACAAUAAGAACAAUGUCACAUAUUUAAGAUGUUAUUAAUUACACUACAGCAAUAAAAAAAGUGUGCUGCAGUUUCAUAAUUGUGUUCUAACAAUACUCAAUGUUUUCUGGACUUUGUUCCCGUUUGCUUCAUUUUUAUGACACGAAUUGAGAAACUGACAAAUAAAUGAUGUGCUUUCUUUGUAAAUAUAUUUUACCAUAACUAAUUAAUCAAAAUGUAAGGUAACCUAAUUUUUGUAUAUAUUAUGAAUAGAUCUUCAAUCCCUCAUGUACUCUACAUUAACUUUAUUUCUCUCAAAAAUGCUGGCAGAUCAUGAAUGCUUUGAAGCCAUUUGUACAUUAUUAGAAUUAUUGCAGGUUACACUUAUUCAUGUUAUUGUGCUUACUAAUACUGUUAGAAUGAAAUUAAUUUAUUUGAAUAUAAUGAAAGGUAUUUAUUACUUUAUUGAAGGACCCGUCCGUUUUGAAACAAAGAAUUGGAAAGCAACUUUCCUUGCCAAAGAGAUUUCUUUUACAAUUGUGUUCAAGUUUUAGUGAUAUUUCACAUCCAGUAAGCUGAAACAGCAAGGCUACAUCUAUUGUUGUAUUAAUAUCAUUAAGUACCAGUAUACAUUUUAUGUUUUAGAUUGUAAAUAAAUAAUAACCAUGAGAUUAAA